AUGGGUCUAUUAGAUCUUGAAAAGCACUUUGCAUUCUAUGGUUCUUAUCACAGUAACCCAAUUAACAUUGUAGUUCACAUAUUCUUUGUUUGGCCUAUCCUCUUCACUGCUCUUCUUUUCUUCUACUUUACCCCUCCUAUUUUCUCUCCUCCCCAAACACUCCUUAAUUUCAUUCCUCCUGUCUUGGUUUUCAACUUUGGUUUCUUCUUCGCUGUUUUCUACGCUCUCUUCUAUGUUGCUUUGGAUUUUAAAGCUGGUUCCUUCGUAGGUCUUCUUACUUUGCUUUGUUGGGCUUCUUCCAGUUUCGUCGCUAAUUCCAUCGGUUUUGAUCUCGCCUCCAAGGUUGUGUUGGCUACUCAGUUGUUUUGUUGGACAGCACAGAUUACAAGUCAUUUUGUGUUUGAGAAACGUGCACCAGCUCUAUUGGACAAUCUUGCUCAAGCUUUUCUAAUGGCUCCUUUCUUCGUGGUUCUUGAGAUUCUCCAAAAGACGAUUGGAUAUGAACCAUAUUCUGGAUUUGAAAAAAAUGUGAAGGCAAGGAUAGCGACUAAUAUCAAAGAAUGGAAGGCCAAGCAACGGAAGAAACAUAGUUAG